AGCCCAAACUUAGCCCCGGGAUGUGCUCCGUCCUGGGAUGUGAUUCGUGGCGUCGCAGUGCGCAACGGUUCAAGUUACCCGAGGAUCCAGAGCUGAGACUGGACUGGGUUCAGUUUCUCGCUACAGUCAACAAGCAGCGUUUUAAAGAAUCGUCCUGGACUGAUAUCACCAUCUGUAAUGAACACUUUGCAGAUGACUGUUUUGUAAACCUGGCUCCGACUGGCACGGUCCAGCUGACACCCAGUGCUGUCCCAUCACUACGUCCUCAGCCGGAGUCAGACGAACCUGAGCCAAAUGUGCAGAGUCCAAAAUGUGUGGAACCUGUGGAAACCCCAGAAGUUACUUCUCAGUGUGAUCAACUUACAUGUGACAGUCCAUCUUCCUAUUCUGGAGAAUCAAGACUGACUUCAAUGGCUGACCAAGGAGGCCCAGUCACAAGAGGUGUCUCAUGUUCGACGGACACUUCAGAUACUUUUCAACCUGUAUACGGCCAGGUGCAACCAAAAAAAGUGAAUAUUGAUUUGGUCAGGGAAAAAGCGGCGCUUCUAAAGAUGAAGGGGAAGUAUGUUGUGAACGAAAAACGCCUACUCCAGUUGUUCAGCUGCAAGUGUCCGUCGUGUGGCUGUAAACUUCAGAUGGAAAAGGUCACCCGUGGGGUACUCAUCAUCUUGAACCAACAGUGCCUUCAGUGUGAGUACAGAUACCAGUGGAAAAGCCAAGUUAAUGCCAGCGUCCCCACAGCUGAAGACCAACACCUGAUGGGAGACACAGAUGUUAUUUCAGAGGCAGCGCUGACAGAUGACUCAGGCGUCCCUGAGAUUGUUGCUGUUAUUGAUGAGGAGAGUGAUCCUAUGGAUGCAUCAGAGGAAUCAAGUGAUCAGGGUGACAUGGAUUCAGAUGAGGACUGGAAGCCAGUGAGGGAUUUGUUUACAACUAGAGUGCUUCAAAAGGAACCUGAUGAGAAAACCGAAGAUGAUGAAGUAGAGGAAUAUAUUGAUUAUCCUUCACUCGCCCCCAAACACACUCAGCUCUGCACAGAGUGCGGGAGGUUUUUCAAUAAACAGAGGCCUCACACGUGUGAGCACAAAAUUAAGCCCUAUUCCUGUAAUAUUUGUGGCAAGAGGUGUGUUAGUGAGAUUGCACUAAAUUCUCACAGCAGAAUCCACAAUGAAAACUAUGAGCAUCGGUGCAAAUACUGUCACAUUACAUUCAAAACAAAGGUGGACAAAGUCACUCACGAGCAGAUCCACCUGACUCAAGGAAAACCCUACAAAUGUCCAGACUGUUCAGAGACGUUUGCCACAAAUAAGGAACGCCAAAUCCACCUGGAGGAUCACAGAGGCCCCAAACAGUUAAAAUGUCACAUCUGUGGGAUUGAAUUCCUCUGGCCCCUUUCUCUUCAGAGACACUUAGCUGUGCACACCGGUGUGAAGCCGUUUAAGUGUUCGGUGUGCCAGCGUGGCUUCAACCAGGCAGGUCACCUCAAAUCUCAUAUGCGUCUGCACACAGGGGAGAGGCCUUAUAAGUGUCAGCAUUGUGACAAAUGCUUCAAUCACAACGUGAGCUUGAAGAGUCAUGUCCAGCGUUACCACACAUCCAAUUCUGGAUGUGAACAGAAGAAAGAAAAGAUAAAUGAAAGGGCAAAUGACUGUAGUGUUGCCCCGGGUAAUGAAAGCAAAAGAGAUGCAGACUCAGAACUUGACAAUGCCGAGGAAGAACAGGAUACAGAAGACGAGGUACAGAAGGAAAGAAUAUGUAGACUUAAAAAGAAAAGGAAAAGCACGGGUAGACCUAUUGGAAGGCCUAAGAACUAUGCAUCAAGCAGCUUAGUUCUGGCAAUUCAAUUGGAAGGCCCACGUUCAAACACUAAGACUCGAAAACUACAGACGCAGAAGUUAAAGAGAACACAAUGCAGUGAUGAAGAAAGCGAGGACGAGCCGACUGACAGCGACGUGACCACCCCUGAUUCAGCAGAGGAGGAAGGGGAGAAAAGCAAGAAUGUGAUAAAGAACCAAAGAAGACCAAAAGACUCUGACAGUGACUCUGAUUUUCACCCAGAAGGUAGAAGGAAAAAGAAAUAUAGCAACCAGAACAGUGGAAAAAGCUCAGGGAAGCGCAGGGGGAGACCAAGAAAGAACCUAGUGGUAGCUGGAGGGGCCAGACUCAGCCCCGGGAUGUGCUCCGUUGUGGGAUGUGAUUCGCUGCGUCGCAGUGCGCAACGGUUCAAGUUACCGGAGGAUCCAGAGAAGAGGCUGGACUGGGUUCAGUUUCUCGCCACAGUCAAUAAGCAGCGUUUUAAAGAAUCGUCCUGGACUGAUAUCACCAUCUGUAAUGAACACUUUACAGAUGACUGUUUUGUAAACCUGGCUUCGACUGGCACGGUCCAGCUAAAGCCCAGUGCUGUCCCAUCACUGUGUGCCAAGUCAGAGCCAGAUCAGACAGUGUCUGAGGAGAGUGAUCCCUUGGAUGAAACAGAGGAAUCGAGUGAUCAGGGACACAUGGAUUCAGAUGAGGACUGGAAGCCAACGAAGGAGCUCAUACUGGCUAACAAGCUUCAAAAUGAAUCUGAUGAGGAAACCGAAGAUGACGAAAUAGAGGAAUAUAUCGAUUAUCCUUCACUCACCCCCAAACACACUCAGCUCUGCACAGAGUGUGUUAGUGAGAUUGCACUAAAUUCUCACAGCAGAGUCCAUGAUGAAAACUAUGAGCAUCGGUGCAAAUACUGUCACAUUACAUUCAAAACAAAGGUGGACAAAGUCACUCACGAGCAGAUCCACCUGACUCAAGGAAAACCCUACAAAUGUCCAGACUGUUCAGAGACGUUUGCCACAAAUAAGGAACGCCAAAUCCACCUGGAGGAUCACAGAGGCCCCAAACAGUUAAAAUGUCACAUCUGUGGGAUUGAAUUCAACCGUACCCUUUCCAUUCGGAGACACUUAGUUGUGCACACCGGUGUGAAGCCGUUUAAGUGUUCGGUGUGCCAGCGUGGCUUCAACCAGGCAGGUCACCUCAAAUCUCAUAUGCGUCUGCACACAGGGGAGAGGCCUUAUAAGUGUCAGCAUUGUGACAAAUGCUUCAAUCACAACGUGAGCUUGAAGAGUCAUGUCCAGCGUUACCACACAUCCAGUUCUGGGUGUCAACGUAAGAGGGGUAAAACAAACUGUGACACUGUUGAUGCUCAGAACAAUGAGAGCACGAGAAGUGCAGACUCGGGGCUUUACAAUGCAGAGGAAGAUCAUGAUGAAGAAGAGAGGGCAGAGAAGGAGAGAAUAGAUUUGCCAAAAAAGAAAAAGAGGAGCACAGGUAGACCCAUAGGAAGGCCUAAGAGAAAUGCAGGGGAAAUGCAAAGCCCAGGUUCAAACACUAGGACUGGAAAAUACAAGGUACAGAAGUUGAUGCGGGCACAUUGCAGUGAUGAAGAAAGUGAAGAUGAGCCGACUGAAAGCGACAUAUCCUUCAACUCAAAAGAGGAGGAAGAGGUGGAGAGGACUGAGAAAGUAACGCUGAGCACAAGAAGAUCAAGGGGAAGGCCAAAAAACUCUGACAGUGACACCGGUUUUGACCGAGAAGACUCAAAGAAAAAGAGACACCGUCCGACCAUCCUUAAAACUGGAGGGACAGCACUUAGCCCCGGGAUGUGCUCCGUCGUCGGAUGUGAUUCGUGGCGUCGCAGUGCGCAACGGUUCAAGUUACCGGAGGAUCCAGAGAAGAGACUGGAGUGGGUUGAGUUUCUUUUCGAAGUCAAUGGACAACGACUCAGGGAAUCGUCCUGGACUGAUAUCACCGUCUGUAAUGAACACUUUACAGAUGACUGUUUUGAAAACAUGGCUCCGACUGGCACGGUCCAGCUGACGCCCAGUGCUGUCCCGUCACUGUGUGUCAAGUCAGAGCCAGACGAACCUCUGGAGAGUCCACAAUCUGUGGAGCCUGUGGAAAGCACAGAAGUCGCUUGUCAGUGCGAUGACCUUGAAACAUGUAAUCCAGCUUCUUAUUCUGAAAAGGCAAAGUAUAUUCUCACAGAUGCUGUCCCCACUGGAAACGGCCAAAAUAAACAAAAAGUUUUGAAUACUGAUUUGAACAAGGAAAAAGCUGCACUUCUACAAAUGCAAGGAAAGUACUUGGUGAAUGAAAGCUGCCUGCUCCAGUUGUUUCACCGCAAAUGCCCGUCAUGUGGCUGCAAACUUAAGAUGGAGAAGGUCACCUGUGGGGUAUUGAUCAUCUUGAACCAACAGUGUCUUCAGUGUGAGUACAGAAACCAGUGGAAAAGCCAGGUCAACGCCUGUGUCCCAGCGGCUGAAGAAAUAACUUCAGACACCCAAAAGGCAAUGCCAACAGAUGACAAACCCAGCAGUGCGGUUUACUCUGAGGUUGUUACUUUUAGCGAUGAAGAAAGCGAUCCCUCAGAUGAAGGAGAGGAGGGUGAUGAAGGUGGGGUGAGUUCAGAUGGGGAGUGGAAUCCAGCGGAGGACUUUUUGCUGGCUGAGGAGCUCACAAAGGAAUCUGAGGAGGAAACCGAAGAUGAAGGCGAAGAGGAAGAAGAUUUUGAGUCGCCGGGUGGCCUCAAAAUUAAUGAGCUCUGCACAGAGUGUGGAAGUUUCUUCAAUAUUCUGAAGCCUCACACAUGUGAGCACAAAAUUAAGCCCUAUUCCUGCAAUAUUUGUGGCAAAAGAUGUGUUACUGAGACAUCUCUAAAAACUCACAGCAAAAUCCAUGAUGAAACCUAUGAACAUCCUUGCAAAUACUGCCAUGUUACGUUCAAAACACGGGUGGACAAACUUAAACAUGAGCAGAUCCAUCAAGAUAGCAAAGAUCCCUAUAAAUGCCCUGACUGUCCAGAGUCAUUUGCCACCAGUAAAGAGCGUAGUGUCCACCUGUCAAACCACAGGACCCCGAAGGAGUUCAAAUGUGGAGUUUGUGGGAUUGAAUUUAAGGAUGUACAUCAUCUUCGGAGACACUCUGUUGUGCACACAGGACUGAAGCCGUACAAGUGUUCGGUGUGCCAGCGUGGCUUCAACCAGACGAGCCACCUCAAAUCUCACAUGCGCCUGCACACAGGGGAGAGGCCUUAUAAAUGUCAGCAUUGUGACAAAUGCUUCAAUCACAACGUGAGCUUGAAGAGUCAUGUCCAGCGUUACCACACAUCCAGCUCUGGGAGUGAACGCAAGAAGGGUAAGAUAAAUGAAAGGGCAAGCGACACUGGCGAUGCUGAGGACGACGAGAAUAAGAGGGGCACAGACUCAGAGUUUGACAGUGCAGAGGAAAAACAAGACAAAGAAAAGGAGGUGCAGAAGGAGAGAACAGAUUUGCCAAAAAGUAGAAAGAGGAGCACAGGUAGACCCAGAGGAAGGCCUAAGAGAAAUACAGCAGGCACCUUAAGUUUGUCAGGGCAAAACGAAGGCCGGCGUUCAAACACUAAGACUUCAAAAUCAAAGACGCAGAAGUUAAAGAAAACAGGUUCCAGCAAUGAGGAAAGCGAAGGGGAGCAAUCAGACAGCAACAUAUCCUUUGAUUCCGAAGAAGAGGAAGUAAAAGAAGAGGACAAGCAGACAGCGAGGAAGAGCACUGGGAGAUCAAGAAGAAGACCCAAAAAUGACAGUGACUCUGAUUUUGACCCAGAAGAAGACACAAAGAGAAAGAGGUGCAGCAGCCAGAACAGUGGUAAGAGCUCAGGCAAACGCAGGGGGAGACCGAGAAAGAAUGCAUUAGUCUGAAAAUGUUCUAAAAUAUACAGAAGUGAAGAAUUAAUUUAAUGCGAGCAGUUGUAAGAAAGAAAGAAAAAGAAAGGAGC